CUUUGCUCCUCAGAGCUCUCAGCUUGCGACCCGCGACCCCUAAAACAACUUGAGUUUAUAACUGGACAGCUAGCGUCCUUUGUGGCUGAGCAUAAAUUACGCCAAAAAUAUGUAAGUCAUCAUAUAAAUCAAAUAUGGGACAAUCUUAUUUUCACUAUAUGGCUCAAGUGCUCUCGAUUUUGACAUACGAUUUCCGGCUGUUGUGGAAGAUUCCGAUCAUUUAGUUUGCCUAUCUCUCAUUAGAGAACAGUUUUGGUCUCAUAUAAAAGGAGAGAUUUUCGUUCGACAACUUAUUGUGUUCCGAUAUUACAAACAUGAAGUCUUUGGUUCUGGUUGCUACUUUGGUUCUGGUGGCUUGCGCUUCUUCUAUUAAAGAAGAAUGGCAGCAAUUCAAGCUGAUCCAUGGUAAGACGUACAGGAGUUUGGUAGAAGAUAAACACCGCUUCUCUAUUUUCCAAGACAACGUGCGUAAGAUCCAAGAACACAAUAAAAAAUACGAGUCGGGUGAGGUGAGUUACGCUAUGAAGGUAACACAGUUUGCCGACAUGACCCAACAAGAGUUCCUGGACAUGCUGAAGACCCAAAGCAAAGGUGCCCCACCAAGAAAUGGGCUAAAAUUUAAUUCCACGGGUAUUCAGACGAAGAAAACAAUUGACUGGAGGAAAGAAGGUGCUGUGACACCUGUCAAGGAUCAUGGUAAAUGCAGCUCAUGCUGGGCUUUCAGUGCUGUUGGAACCAUCGAAGGUCAGCUGUUCCUCAAAAACAAAACGUUGAUCGAUUUGAGCGCUCAACAACUAGUAGACUGUACCAGAUUUCUAUACUAUAACGAUGGCUGCAAAGGAGGGCGUAUGGACAAUGCCUUCCGCUAUAUCCAACAACAUGGCAUUAUGAGCGAGGAAUCCUACCCUUACACAGGCCAUGACGGCGGGUGCGAACGCCAUGGAUAUGUAGUUAAGAUCACGGAUGUCGUUGAGCUCUACGACGAGAGGGAAAUCACUGCAGCUGUGUCUUUCAUAGGACCGGUCUCUGCAGCGAUCGAUGGUUCAUCGCUGUCUUUGUACAGUCAUGGAAUCAUCGAUGAGACUAGUGACUGUAGCAGUGCACCACAAGCCGUGAACCACGCUAUCCUGAUUGUUGGUUAUGGAAAUGAAGACGGAGUUGACUACUGGAUCGUGAAGGACGCCUACGGAGCUGAUUGGGGAGAACAUGGAUACUUCAGAAUUAAGAGGAAUGUCAACGCAUGCGGUAUCAGUUAUGUCGGCUCCUAUCCUGUCUUGUAAUUUAUACAUAUUGAUAACAAAUAAAUGUUUGUUAUACAUUUA